CAUCCUGCCUUGUUGGAGUUGUGCUUCCUCCUCACUUUCCUCCUCUGUUCUCUCAGGCUCCAAAGUACAGUCAGUGACCUCAUCAUCCCCUCCCUCCUUGUCUCUAGAGCCAACUUGGCAGUAUGCUGUGGCUGGGGGAACAUGACUGCCAAUUUCUUUUCCAUCGUUGGCACCCCCUCUCUCUAGGCUCACGUCACUCCUUUCUUCAACCCAUGAACCAACAUCGGAGCAUUCAAAUUGCUGCGCAUCCUCCAACAGCUUGGAACUGACACUAAGAUCGAAUAAUU